AUGAUGAACAAAUUUAUUUAUAUUACAAUUACAUAUAUUGUUCUUUUUACUUCAUUAGGAGUAAUUUAUGGGAAAAAAAUUGAAGCGGAAAAAAGGAAUCAUGAUGCACAGUUAAACAAUUUUUAUUCGUACCACAAUUCAAAAGGAGUCGAUUUUAAUAAUUCAAACUCUUCAAAUGAAGAACAAUGUAAUAAUCAAAAUAAUGUCAUUAAUGAUAAAUUUAUACAACCACAUUCAAUUACUUACUUAGAAAAUCAAAAAGACACUGCGAAUGAUAAAAUAACAUUAUACAAUGACUACACAAAUAAAAACGACUUCGAUACUUUUAAAAGUUUUAAUAAUGAAAAUGAACAAACAAAUAGAAAAGAAACUAUAGUUAAGAGUUCUUUUAUCCAAAACUUCGUUGCACCCCCAUUCGAUCAUUCUCUAUAUAAUAUAAUAGAUAUUGUAUAUGGUGUAUCAAUUCCAACAAAUAGCUUAAGUUUUUUUUAUGUGAGACUACGGGUUUAUCAAGAAAUUCGAGACAUCCUCCAUAAAAUAUAUUCUAAUGCAACAAGUGUAAUAAAUAUUCCACGGAGUAAACACUAUCACGCACAUAAUGAUAUACAAAAGGCAAUAAAAGAAUGUGAACCUCUAAAAAAAAAAGUAAUAAAUGAAAUGUUCAACUUUCAAAGUCCUCUUUAUGAAUUUUAUAAGGAGCCCGUGCAUGGUUAUUAUGAUCCAUAUGCAUAUUCCCAAUUUUACUAUGCGAAUUGCAUGGUUCCACAAUUCAAAAAAUUAGAACCUGUUGUAGAAAAAGCUUUUUCAUCGAUGAUGCCCGAAUAUGAUUAUUUAUGUUAUUAUGAAUAUUGGAAUGUAGAUGCCAUUUAUAAAAAUUAUUCUACUACUACAAAAGAUUAUAUGGUAUUUCAAAUGGAAAUUAUAAAAAAAUAUCCGAUGUUCAGUGAUAACGAAACUGUUCCAUAUAUAAAAUCGCUAAUUAAAAUUUUAGAGUCUGAGAAUGAACAAGCAAGUCUUAAAAAGAAACUAUUUUUUUUAGAAAAGCAAUUUGAAGAUAUUAUAUCCAAAUCUUAUAAGUGUCGGACCCAUUGUGUAAAUUCUUAUCAAUACAUGCAAGACUAUGUAUUAAAUGAAACAUAUACGCAAUAUUACUAUAACUACUUGAAAGAACUUAAAAAAAUAGCAGCAAGUAAAGCUCUUUUCAUUUAUAAUUCAGAUAAUCUACAAUCUAUGGAAAAAGUAUAUAAUUAUCAAAAAGAAGUAUUAAACCGUUUUAUUAAAACGCUAGGAAAACUAUUAAUAGAGAAACCUGAUCCAGAUAACAAUCAAAUCCUUAAAGAUGAUAUUGAUGAAUUUGAUAUUUCGACACCCAAAUCGAAAUUAACAGAAUUAGAAACAAAAUUUUUUGAAAUAUUUAAAGAGAAAUGGGAUUCUUAUGAUAUUAAAAAAACUCUUGACAAAAAUGGUAACCAAUAUGAUAAUAUGAAAUUAAUUUUACAACGCAUGACAGAAUUCAAAGACAUAAUUGAUUCUAUGAAACUUUACAAAAGGAGCGUUGUUUCAAAAAAUAAAAUUCUUUCUGAAAUCGAUCAAAAAUUAAAUAAACAAACUUAUAAAGAAAUAGAAAAUGGAUUGAAGGAGUCUUAUAUAUUAGCAAAAGAUUGGAAAAGAUUAAAACGCAAAAUAAGAACAGAAUUAGAAGGAUACAAUGAAGAUUCUAUUAAAUUGGAAAAAGAAAUUAACGAUUUAUUUGACGAAUAUUUGGAAAUAAAUAAUGCAAAGAUAUAUCUAAGCAAGUUAAAAAUUGAAUUAAAAGAAAAAAUUAAAAAUAUAUCUGACAAAAAUGAAUAUGUUAAAAAAGCAAUUGACUUAAAGAAAAUAAUAAAAAAUAACAAUGCAUACAUUGAUGAAUUAGCUAAAGCCUCGCCAUAUAAAGUUACGGAAUAUGUAAAUAACAAAGAUAAAAUAUAUAGUACAAUAGAAUCAGAGUUAUCUAAAAUUUAUGAAGGUGACAUUGAUGAACUUUACAAUGAAUUAUCUUCUAUAGUUAAAGAAAAUGACAUUGAUAAUGCAGAAGACAAAACGAAACUUGAAGAUUUAAAAUCGAAAAUAUAUAAAGAAUAUAAUAAAAUUCAAAACAUGGAAACUAAAACAGUUGAAUUAAAAUUAAGUACCAUCGAAAAUAGCAAAAAUGAACUUUUGACCACUACUGUGAAAAUAAAAAAAUAUAUAUAUGAAGAACUUAACAAUGAGAUAAAUAAAAUAGUAGAAGAUUUUAAAAAUAAAGAAAACCAGUUGUCAAGUAAUAUAAAUGAAUAUUCUAAAUACAAUGAAGAAUUAAAUAAAUAUAAAUCUAAAAUUUCAGAAAUCAAAAAUAAUUAUAAUGAUCAAAGUAAUAUAGACAAUAUAAAUGAUGAAGAAGCAAAACAAAACUAUGACCAAUACAAAGAAUACACCAAGACAAUAUCUAUCAAAGAAGACGAAAUAGACAAGACCAUAAAUGAAAUGAAACGUAUGAAAGAUGACAUCUUAAAUAAAGUAAAUGUAUUUACUGAUUUAGAAAAUAAUCAUAAAGAAAAGGUUAACUCAGAGCAAGAAUCAUUUAUUGAAUUGGUAAAUAAAAUAAAAAGUGAAAUUUCAUAUGACCAAUUGAAUAAUUAUGAAAGUAAAUUUAAUGUUACUAAGUCUUUAAUUAUUGAAACAAAUAAAUCCAUUGAAGUGGAAUAUAAAAAUAUUGAUACUCUUAAGAAGAUAAAUGGGUAUUUAAAAAUAUGUAAAAAUACGAAAGAAUCAAUAAAAAAAUUAAGUAAUAAGCAAAAUGAAUUAAAUGAAAUAUUAAAUAAAAAUAUUGAAACUAUAAAAAAUUGUAAUUUAAUAGAAAAAUCAUAUACAGAUCAAUUUAAUAAUGCAUUAACAGAUAAAAAGAAAGAAUUAGAAAAAACAUUCACAGAAUUGUCUUUAAAUAAUUACGAAGCGAAUAACGAUGAAUUGAUAACAUAUUUUAAUAAUUUAAAAAAAAAUUUAGGAAAUUUUGAAGGAGACAUCUUAUAUCAACAACUCUCUGAAAAAGAAAAGACUAUUAAUGAUAUUGAGCAAAAAAAUGUUGAUGCAAAUAAAAAUGUUUCAAAUAUCGAAAUAGUAAUUCAUACAUCAAUUUAUAAUAUUAGUGACGAGAUAGAAAAAUUGAUUGGAAAUAAUGCAGAACUCCUAAAUAAAGAAAUAUUUAAGGAAGCACAAAUCAGUAUAACUAAUUUGAAUGAAAUAAAGGAUAAAUUAAAAAAUUAUAAUUUUAAUGAUUUGGGGAAAGAUAUAAAUAUAAAGAAUGACGAUGAAGUUACCAAAAUUCAAAAUGAAAUUACGGUCUUAAACACAAAUAUAAGUCAAAACAUAGAUAAAUUAGAGGAUAUAAAAAAAAAAUCAGAAAACUAUGUUGCUGAAAUAAAAGCACAAAUAGGUCAUUUAGAAGAUGUAAUAAAUAAAACCAAAUCUAACGAUGAUUCUAAGAAAAUUGAAAACAAACAAGAAAUUAUAGUAUCAAAAAUAGACAAACACAAAAAUAUAUACGAGAAUAUGAACAAAUUAGUAAGUGAAAUAACAGAAAUAAAAAAUAAUACACUUUCAUUAAAAAACAUACAGAAUAUAAAUUUAUCAUACGAAAAAAGUUUAAAUAAAUUAUUUUUGGAUCAAAUUAAUAAAGAAAAGACAAAUUCUGAAAAUAUGAUAAAAUCAAUAGAAAAAUGCAAAACAGAAUUUGAUGAUAUAAAAAAUAAACAACGCAUAGCGGACACACAAACGGCUAAUAUGCAAUAUUCCGAAUACAAAGAAUUUAACAUUACUAUUGAGGAUAAUGACAAAUACUUUUCCGAUAUUAGUGAAAAAUCUUUAAAACUAAUAAAAGAAGAUUCUGAGAAAUCAAAUAUAAAUGAUAUUAAAAAAACGUUACAGGGGUAUCUUUUAGACGCCCAAAAGCGUAAUAGCGACAUUAAUCGUUAUUUAAGCGAAAUUACCAAUUUAUAUAAUAUCUUAAAAUCAAAUAAUAUUAAAAAUAUGAUUGAUGAUAUAAAAAACUAUGCUAAACAAAUUGAAGAAUAUAAUCAAAAUGUAAAAUCGGAAUUAGAUAAAUCAGAAACAUUAAUUAAAACUCUUAAAGGUAAAUUGCAAUUAGAAAAGUGUAAAUCAAAAAUCGAAUCAACUACAAAUGAUAAAGACGCUGUUGAAUGCAUAAAGGAUAUUACAGAAUCCAAAAAUUAUAUUUUAAACGACGAAUCCAAUAUCAACGAUUAUUUUAAAAAAGCUGAGGAGUAUAAUGAAAACUUAUUAUUGAAUUUUAAAAAUAUAGAAGCAGCAUAUGAGAAAGCGCAAUACAUGAUGACAAACAAAAGUGAUUCUGACACUAAUAAUAAUGUUUAUAAUUCAGAAGAGUUGAAGGGAUACAUUGAUAAAUCUAAAGGGUAUAAAGAUGAGGUGAACAAAAAUACAAAAACAAUUGAAAAUAAUAAGAAAGAGCUUGAAAAGUAUAAAAACGAAGCCAUUAAUCUUUUAAAUAAAUUUUCUGAGUUUAUGCUAAAAAAUAAAAUCAUCCAAACAAAAAAAGAUUUAGAAAUUAUAAUAAAUGAAAUAAAAAAAAUGCAUAAAGAAAGUAUCCUGCAAGCAGACAAAUCUGAGCAAAAAAUAAACACAAUAAAAAAUGAACAAAUUCAAAUCAAAGAUGACACUACUAGCAAUGAUAAAUCUAAUAAAGCAAUUAUAGGCAUUCAGGCAUCGUUGGAUAAAUUCGAAACAAAAUUCUUAAAAAUAAAUGAUAUAAGAACAAAAUCAAAUAAUUUUUUAAAAGAAACCGAAAACAUAGAGAAACAAAUAUCAAAUUUAUCUAUAAAUAGUCAAGAAAUAAAACUAAAAGAUAACGAAGACAUAUUAAAUACCCUUCAAAAAUUUUUCGAAUCUCUUAAAGACCAAAAAAAAAACAUUGAAGACCAAAAAACAGAAUUAGAUAAUUUUGAUUCUGAAAUUGAAAAUAUAGAAAGCGAUGUAAGCCAGAAUAAAAAAAAUUACGAAAUGGGAAUUAUCGAAAAAAUAAAAGAAAAUGCCGAUACAAAUAAAAACCAAAUUGAAUCAACAAAAGAAUUAAUAAAACCAACAAUAGAAAAUCUAAUAUCUUCUUUUAACACUAAUGAUUUAGAAGGUAUUAACACUAAUGAAAACUUGGAAAAAUAUAACAUAGAAAUGAAUAAAACAUAUAAUGAGUUUAUGGAAUCAUACAAUCUAAUAGCAGAUUAUUUAAAAACGGUUUCAAAAGAAUCCAUAACAUAUGGUGAAAUUAAAAAUACACGUAUCACCGCACAAAAUGCACUCUUAAAAAAUAUAGAAAGCGAAAAGAAAUCUAAGUCCUACUUAGAUGAUGUAAAAAUAAAAGAAUUUGAUAGAAUAAUUACCCAUUUUAAAGCCAAAUUAGAUAAUGUUAAUGAUAAAUUUACAAACGAAUAUUCAAAUAUAAACAAAGGUUUAGACGAUAUUUCAAAGUAUAUUGAAAAUGUUAAAAACUCAACCGAUGAAAAUUCAUUAUUAGAUACACUAAACCAAACCAAAAAUACGUAUAUGGGCAUGAUUGGUAAAUCAUAUUAUAAUUAUAAACAUGAAGCAGAAAAUAUAUUUAAAAAUAUGGUUAAAUUAGCAUAUUCUUUAAAUAUUCAAAUACAAAAUAAUUCAGGAAUAUAUUUACUUGACAAUAUUAAUAUAGCUAUAUUAUCUAGCUUAGAUUCAGAAACAAAAGACACAUUAAAAUUUAUUCCAUCUCCACAAAAUGAAUCGGAAAUAUAUAAAAAAAUACGCAAUUCUUAUGAUACUCUUCUCGAUAUAUUUAAAAAAAGUCAAGAUACGCAUAAAAAGGAACAAUAUACUUUAAAUCUAAUGGAAGAAAACCGACAUCUAUAUGAAAAAAUACAUGCAUCCAAUGAAUUAAAAGGCGCAUUAAGUGAUACAAAAUAUAAAAAAGAAAAAAUAUCAAACGAUAUUAAACUAGUUUUACAUAAAUUUAAUGAAUUAAACCAAUUAACAUGUGAUUUUCAAAAUGAUGAUAUUAUUUUAGAAUUAUCAAAGCAGAAUCAAAUAAAAUCAAAAGUUGACAAUUAUGAACAAGAAAAAAAAAAGCUUGAAAUGGAUUUUAAUGUAACGAUUAUGGAAGAAAAACUGAAUAAUAUCAUUAAAACUUUAGAACAAUUCGAAAAUAACCACGAUUCUUCAGAGGGAAAAGGUUCUAAUACCCAAUCCAACGAGAAAUUAAACGACAUGACUAAAGUAUUUAAUGCUGAAAUAAAAACCAUUGAGGAUAAAAUAAUAGAAAAAAAUAAAUUAAUUGAUAAAUUAAUAGAAAUGAGAAAGGAUUGCCUACUUUUUACAUAUACAACAUUAGUCGAGACUCUUAAAAGUAAAACAAUUAAUUACUCGGAAUUCAUAACGUCUGUAACUAAAGUUUCAAAAGCAUAUUUAGAAUAUAUUAAAAAUAGUACCGAUUCUUUAAAUGAUGACAUCGAUACAUUACAAACAAAAUAUAAUUUGAAUAAAACAAACAAACAUAUGACAAGUAAUAUUACCCAUAUUACGAACGAUAAUAAUAACUUAAUAGAAAAAGAAGAGGAAGCAACUCAGAUAAUCAACAAUUUGACCAAACUAUUUACAAUAGAUUCAAACAAUAUCGAUGUCAAUACAUUACACAACAAUAAACUACAAAUGACUUAUUUCUAUUCCCAACUUCAAAAGUCAAUUGAAUCCAUAAAACAAUUAUAUAGAAAAAUACGUGCCUUUAAAUUAUCAAAUAUAUAUCUUAUUAAUGAAAAAUAUUUAGAUAUAUCCAAACAAUUUGAUAAUAUUUUACAGCUACAGAAAAAUAAAUUAACAGAAAGUUUAAAUAAUUUAAAUCAAAUUGAUCAAUAUAUUUCUGAUAAAAAAAAUAAAUUCCUUCAUGCAAUAAGUGAAACAACUCCCGAUUUGAAUACGGUUAAAGAGAUAUAUCAUGAUAUUGUUAAUCGUGAAAGUCAGGUACAUGAAAUAGAAAAUAUUAGUAAUAAAGAAAACCAAAAUAUAACCUUAUAUAUAGACACAAUUACCCAAUUAACCGAAAAAAUACAAAAUAUCUUAAAUUUUGUUACAACUAAUGAAAAUGAUAAUAAUACAAUCAAACAGCAUAUUCAAGACAUUGAUGAAAAACAUGUAUCAAAAAUUAUAGAAAUUUUAAAAAGCACAAUACAAUCAUUUCAACAAAUUAAAAAUAAAAUAUAUGAAAUUAAAACCCAAUUUUAUGAUAAUAACAAUAUAAAUAAUAUUAUAUCUACCAUAUCACAACAUGUAAAUGAUGUAAAAUCACUGUUUUCUAUGGAUUUAACUAUAGAAAACGAACUCAUCCAAAUACAAAAUCGUUUAAAAGAUAUUAAAAAUGCUACUCGUGAAAGCAGAAGCGAACAAAUAGACGCAUACAUUAAUACUAUGCACAAUUAUGUUGAACAGCAAUUUAACAAAAUUGAGAAUAAUCCAAAUAAAAAUGAAAUAGACAAUACAAUGGAAAAUAUACAAAAUUAUAAUAAAGAAUCCGAAGUAAAAUUACAACAAAUUUCAAAUUACAAAAACCAAGUUGCAUCGAUAAUCACAGAUAUUACUAACCUCAUUGCUUUAAUUAAACCCAAGUAUGAUAAUAAUAAUAAUAAUAUCACAUAUAAGGCUGCCAUCAAACAUGAAGAGGAUGCCCAAAAAAUACUUAAUGAUUUAAAUAAAAGUCAAAAUAUCCUUAACCAAUCAAUAAAUCAAAAUAAAAAGAAUAUAGAAUAUUUAGGAUAUAAAAAACAGGGAAAUCACAAUUACAAUAGUUUGCAUAAUAUUAAUAAUCAACAAGAAAUAUCAGAAAUAAAAUAUCCUAGUAAUACACACUAUAAUAAUAUUAAUAAUGAACAAUAUAAAAAUCAGCAUCACUCAAAUUCAGGUAGAAAAGGUUACUCCAAAACAACAAAUGCAGGAGAUUCUAUUAGAUAUGCAGGAGCAAUUGCAUUGGGUUUAGUAGUAUGCUAUGCAAUUUCAAUUUUCAAAAAACAAGAUGAAAAAAAUGAAAUGGAUUUAGAUAAUGAUGAAAAAAAUUAUGGUGAAUCGGAAAAUAUAUUUUUUCAAAGAGAAGACGAAAUUAUAGAAAUAAAUAUAAAUGAAGAUUUAUUUUAA